AUGACUGGCCUCCCGACCGUGUCGCCCAACCGCUCGCCCCCCUCCAGAGAGGUACGGUCAGGCCGGCAACCACAGCCGCCGCCGUCACCACGCAGCCGACCUGCUGGCCGGCCCGACGUCACAGAGACGCGCUAUCGACAGUCGGUUGUCACGCCGAUCAUUUCGACGGAUACACGAAGUGUCGCCGGCUCGCUGGUGCCACCGACCCGCCAGCGCUACCAGCCGGCGACGAGGAGCAGCACCGAUGCAGCGAACGAUCGAGCCGGCGACGAGGAGGCCAGGCAACUGGGCCACAUGAAAGUGACUGGAGCUGAGCGACAGCGAAAUCGACGACGAGACCGAGAUCAAGACCGGGACCGGGACCGGGACCGAGACCGAGACCGGGAUCGAGACCGGGAUCGAGACCGGGACCGAGAACGAGAACGAGAACGAGAUCGAGAUCGAGAUCGAAACCAAAACUCGCACGGCGACAAUCAGCCCCGUCACAACCGCUCCUCCAUUCAGCCCAACCAAACGGCCCACCACUCGCCGAGCUCGUCUCGGAAGACGAUGCAGCCCGACUCCAAGACGCCGGUCUCGGAUAACGACAAUUCACUCGAGGCAAGACCAGGUUGUGCAGCAACCAAAGUGUUCUCAGGUUGUGGACCGGACAAAGCCAGAAGUUUGCCAGUUCAUAUCAAACUUCCUAUUGCUUCUAGUCCCAAAUUAAUGCCAAUUUUGACUUUUGCUCAUAUCCUAGACACAAUAGACAGGCCAAUCAGGCUUUGGCUUGCGAGUGUCAAUGUAUGCAUGUGUGUGUGUGUGUGUGUGUUUGUGAUGAUUAUAGCAUCACCAGCAGCAGAUUGCUUUUGUACAUAUAAAUGCUACCUCGGAACGCUUGAUACGUUGUUGCGUCGAAUCCGUCUCAACCCCAUCGCAUGUACAGCUCUUCUUCUCCUCGUUCGAACGCCAAAUCUGAGCCCUGGCCGGGAGACGAUUGAGGCCACGGCAGGCCUUACUUUGCACCCCGGAAAGAUGAUAAAUGCAACCUGA